UCCCGCUUCAGCACCUUCCGCUGUCCGCCGCUGCGGUCGCCGCCUCCUCCGGUGACAGCUGAGUGAUGGUGACAUGGUUCCCCUGUGAGGCCAGGUUUCAGCUCUGCACUCCACACAGUCCUAACCCACCGAGGAGAGGUGCUGACUAUUCUGAUGCCGACUUUCCAAUUGCCUUGAUUAAAGUAGAAACAUUCUAUGGCUUGGAUGACUUACAUUUCAAAUUGGUUUGAUCAAGAUGAUUGGUAUGAAGGACUACAAAGAGCAAACAUGUCCCAGGUAAGGCAAGUGGGACUCCUAGCUGCUGGAUGUCAGCCUUGGAACAAAGAUGUUUGCGCUGCCCAUGGAGACAGGUUUGCGUACUGUGCUACCCUGGCCAUCUAUAUUUAUCAGUUGGAUCACCGUUAUAAUGAAUUCAAACUUCACGCAAUUAUGUCUGAACAUAAAAAAACAAUCACAGCUCUCUCUUGGUGUCCACAUAACCCUGAUCUGUUUGCAAGUGGCGGUACCGAUAACUUAGUGAUCAUUUGGAAUGUUGCAGAACAAAAAGUCAUUGCUAAGCUCGACAAUACAAAAGGGGUGCCUGCCUCUCUCAGCUGGUGCUGGAAUGCAGGUGAUACGGUGGCAUUUGUUUCCCACAGAGGCCCGCUGUUCAUUUGGACCAUCUCAGGACCAGAGAGUGGGGUGACUGUUCACAGGGAAGCUCACAGCUUCUUGUCUGAUAUCUGUAUAUUCAGAUGGCAUAGCCAAAAAAGGGGGAAAGUUGUAUUUGGUCAUAUUGAUGGAAGUCUGUCAAUUUUUCAACCAGGUAGUAAAAGUCAGAAACAUGUUCUGAGACCUGACUCUCUUGAAGGGACAGAUGAAGAAGAUCCAGUGACAGCCCUGGAAUGGGACCCGCUGUCUACCGAUUAUCUCCUUGUGGCUAAUUUGCACUUUGGAAUUCGCCUGCUAGAUUCGGAAUCCCUUUAUUGCAUCACAACAUUUAAUUUUCCCAGUGCCACGGCUUCUGUCCAGUGCUUGGCCUGGGUUCCCAGUGCUCCCGGGAUGUUUGUCACUGGAGAUUCUCAAGUGGGUGUUUUGCGUAUUUGGAAUGUUUCACGAACAACACCUAUAGAUAAUUUUAAGCUAAAGAAAACAGGGUUUCACUGCUUACAUGUACUUAAUUCUCCUCCAAGAAAAAAAUUUUCAACCCAGUCUCCAACUAAAAAUCAUUAUACGUCCUCAACGAGUGAAGCAGUUCCUCCCCCAACUUUGACACAGAAUCAAGCAUUUUCUCUUCCUCCCGGUCACGUUGUGUGCUGUUUCUUGGAUGGUGGGGUUGGGCUUUAUGACCUAGGAGCCAAGAAGUGGGAUUUUCUUAGGGACUUGGGGCAUGUGGAAACAAUCUUUGACUGCAAAUUCAAGCCCGACGACCCCAAUCUUUUGGCGACAGCUUCCUUUGAUGGCACCAUAAAAGUCUGGGACAUAAACACGUUGACAGCCGUGCACACGUCCCCGGGGAAUGAAGGCGUUGUUUACUCCCUCUCGUGGGCUCCAGGUGACUUAAACUGCAUUGCUGGUGCAACGUCCCAAAAUGGUGCUUUUAUUUGGGAUGUGAAAAGGGGCAAAAUGGUACAGCGAUUUAAUGAGCAUGGAAAAAACGGAAUAUUCUGCGUUGCCUGGAGUCAUAAAGAUUCCAAAAGAAUAGCCACCUGCAGUGGUGACGGUUUCUGUAUUAUCCGAACGGUUGACGGUAAAGUGUUGCACAGAUACAAGCACCCCGCUGCGGUGUUCGGUUGUGACUGGAGCCAGAACAACAAAGACAUGAUAGCUACUGGCUGUGAAGAUAAAAAUGUUCGUGUCUAUUACGUAGCCACCAGCUCUGAUCAACCGCUGAAAGUCUUCAGUGGGCACACUGCCAAAGUGUUCCAUGUUAGAUGGUCUCCUCUGCGGGAGGGAAUUCUUUGCAGUGGCUCUGAUGACGGUUCUGUUCGAAUCUGGGAUUAUACUCAGGAUGCUUGCAUAAACAUUCUUAGUGGCCACACUGCACCUGUGAGGGGAUUAAUGUGGAAUACUGAAAUCCCUUACCUUCUCCUGUCUGGCAGCUGGGACUACACUAUAAAAGUAUGGGACACUCGAGAAGGAACUUGUUUGGAUACCGUUUAUGAUCACGGUGCAGAUGUAUAUGGGUUAACAUGCCAUCCCAGCCGCCCCUUCACCAUGGCAUCUUGUUCCCGUGACUCUACAGUGAGACUCUGGUCAUUAACACCUUUAAUCGCUCCUUUACCAAUAAAUAUUCUGGCAGACAGAUCUUGGGAAGAAAUUAUCGGGAACAUUGAUCAUGCUGUGGAACAAGGCACUCCCCCUCUAUUGUGUGGUAAAGUAUCAAGAGAUAUUAAACACGAAAUAGAGAAACUAACUGGUAAUCCUCGAGCAAAGAAGCUAAGAUGGUUUUCAGAGUGUUUAUCACCUCCAGGUGGCAGUGACAACUUAUGGAACUUAGUUGCUGUGGUAAAAGGACAGGACGAUAGCUUGCUCCCUCAGAACUACUGUAAAGGAAUAAUGCAUUUGAAACAUCUGAUUAAAUUUAGAACGUCUGAAGCCCAAGAAUUAACAACAGUCAAGAUGUCUAAAUUUGGUGGUGGUAUUGGUGUGCCUACUAAAGAGGAAAGACUGAAGGAGGCUGCAGAGAUACAUUUGAGAUUAGGACAAAUUCAGAGAUACUGUGAACUUAUGGUUGAACUUGGAGAGUGGGACAAGGCCUUGUCAGUCGCACCGGGGGUGUCUGUGAAAUACUGGAAGAAGUUAAUGCAGAGGAGAGCUGAUCAGUUAAUCCAGGAAGAUAAGGAUGAUGUCAUUCCAUACUGCAUCGCCAUUGGAGAUGUGAAAAAAUUAGUGAAUUUUUUUAUGUCAAGAGGUCAGCUUACAGAAGCUCUGCUUGUUGCACAGGCUGCUUGUGAGGGAAACAUGCAGACCGUACAUGUUUCCACACCUAAAGGAUCUUCAUAUCCUGAUGAUAUCUACAAGGAAGACUGUCAUGAACUCCUGCACAAAGUCAGUGAAGAACUAGCGGAAUGGUAUUUUCAGGAUGGUCGCGCAGUGUUAGCCGCAUGUUGCCAGCUAGCCGUAGAUAAUACUGAGCUUGCUAUGGCAUACCUGAUUCGUGGAAAUGAACUGGAGUUGGCCGUCAGUGUGGGCACAGUGCUCGGAGAGCCUGCUGCACCCGCAACCCACUAUGCCCUGGAAUUGCUGGCGAGAAAAUGCAUGAUGAUUCCACCAUGCUUUCCAUCUGUUGGAUACAGGAAUUUGGCAGCUGAUCUUCUCCUGAUGACUCCUGACAAUGAACUACAGUUAGUUAAACUCUGUGCUUUCUACCCAGGGUGUACUGAAGAGAUAAAUGAUCUUCAUGAGAAGUGCAAGCUACCCACAGUAGAAGAAUGUAUGCAGUUAGCAGAGGCUGCCCUUGCGGAUGGUAAUAUAUUUGAAACUGUGAAGUAUUUCUUGUUAAGUCAAGAGCCUGAAAAAGCCCUUCCUAUUGGUAUUGACUUCAUCAAAGAAUGCAUCAGUAGCUCAGAAUGGACGUUGGAUACCGUUUACCCCGUUCUUGACCUAUUGAGUUAUAUCCGUACUGAAAAAUUAGUCUUGCAUACGUGUACUAAAGCUCGAAAUGAAUUGCUCAUCUUAUGUGGUUAUAUUGGUGCAUUAUUGGCCAUCAGAAGACAGUACCAAAGCAUUGUUCCAGCACUUUAUGAGUACACAAGUCAGCUGUUAAAACGUCGGGUGGUAUCAGUGCCUUUAAAAAUUGAGCACCUCUCUGAGGAAUUGGAUGCGUGGAGAGCUUGCACACGGUCCACGAGCCGAUCACCAGAAGAAUCUCCAUAUACACCCCCUUCUGAUUCACAAAGAAUGGUUUAUGCAACUUUACUAAAGAGACUACAAGAAGAACCACUCAAAGGAAUUGUUGGGCCAGAUUAUGUGACUGGAUCAAAUCUGCCCAGUCAUUCAGAUAUUCACAUCUCUUGUCUUACGGGAUUAAAAAUCCAGGUACAGCCUAAUGGCCCUGUAUUUUUCCUUGAAGACGGGAAAUCUACUAUCUCAUUGAAUGACGCUUUGAUGUGGGCAAAGGUGAACCCAUUCUCACCUUUAGGGACUGGAAUACGACUCAACCCAUUUUGACAGGUUUUUCUCCAUGUUUAACUGUUUUUUAAAAAAGACCUUUUGUGGGUUAAUAUUACCUUAACUUUUGUUGUGCACAACCAAAGGUUGAGGGGAGAAGGGGAGGUGGGAAUAACAGUUGACUUAAUUCAUCAACUUCAAAAAAUAAAAUAGUUAUGUAAUUUCAAGGAAAAAUAGGUGUAUUCUUUAUAAAAUAGAGUAGCCAUAUUUGGGAGAAAGAUAAUAUUUAAGUUAUAUAAAAGACCAAAAAAUAUAAAAGAGCAUAUUAAAGUUUCAGAAAGCAUAAAAGGUACCAAAAGACUAUAUUUUUGAAACUUUGAAACAUAUAAAAUAACACAACAGAUAGAAUAGUGCUUGACAUGUAGUAAGUACUUAAGGAAUAUUGGAAUAUCAACAUGUAACUAAGGUAUGUAUGACUGAUCUUCGAGUUAACAAACACCUAUAUUGUCCUCUGUAAAAUAUAUAGUAAACCACUAGUUUUAGUUCAUAUUUAAUAAAAAGUUUCCAGUUACGAGCUUGCUGCGUGUCAAUAAAUGGAUACACAGUCAAAAUACUUACGAGUUUUAUUUUUUAAAAAAAGAAGGCAUUACCAAAUUUUUUAACUGAAAUUAAAUGUGCAAGUAUAAAGGACUAGGUUAUGUAGGCAUAACAGAAAUUGACGCAUGAAAAACACAAAUGCAGUUAAAUUGGUCUGAGAAUUUACAUUUGAUGAUAAUUGACUAUUUUAAAAGAUAUUUGAUAUGUAUGGAUAUUAGUUUUGAUUAUGCAUUUAAUAUUUACAGUAAUCUCUAAUUGAUUUAUAUGAACUUUCUAUAACAUUUAUUUGAUAAAUUUAGUUUCAAAUUUCUAUGAGUAAAUAGGAUAUUAGUUAAAAUUUGGGGUAUAUUAUAAAUUCAAGUUUUUAAAAUAUUUAUUAAAAGAGUAAAACUAGGGGCGCCUGGGUGGCGCAAUCGGUUGAGCGUCCGACUUCAGCCAGGUCACGAUCUCGCGGUCCGUGAGUUCGAGCCCCGCGUCGGGCUCUGGGCUGAUGGCUCGGAGCCUGGAGCCUGUUUCCGAUUUUCUGUCUCCCUCUCUCUCUGCCCCUCCCCCGUUCAUGCUCUGUCUCUCUCUGUCCCAAAAAUAAAUAAAAAACGUUGAAAAAAAAUUAAAAAAUAAAUAAAUAAAUAAAUAAAUAAAUAAAUAAAAGAGUAAAACUAUUGGGGCACCUGGGUGGCUCCGUCGGUUAGGCGUCCAACUCCUGAUUUUGGCUCAGUUCAUGAUCUCACGGUUGUGAGAUCAGGCCCCACUUCAGACUCUAUGUUCGGUUCCGUGUCCAACUCAGCGCUGGACGUGGAACCUGCAUAAUAUUCCCCCUGCCUCUUCCCUACCCCUCCCUUCCCCUGCUCACUCUCUUUCUCUCUCAAAAUAUUAAAAACAAAACAAAAAAAAUAAUAAAACUAUUUUUUAAAAAAGUCUGAGGCAUGACUACCAGUAUUUCAAUUGUAUUAGAAUUCUGAUUUUGAGGUCUAUGAAAUUAAUGUAUGACUAGGAACAAUAAUACUUUGGUACUCGAGCUGUUUCAUAAGAUUCAUAAUGUAGAUGUUUUUGUCUAAAGAGUGAGCUUAUAUAAAUAGAAUAAUUGUGGUUUUUUAUUAUAUUUAAACCUGUUGCAUUGAAAGUAUUUUAAAAAUUUUCUUAAACCCACUUCUAAAACAGAAAAUAAGAUAUAUAUCAUGUACUCUCUAUUGCAUUAACCACUUCUAACUCCUCAAAAAGACAUUAGAAGGCCUAAAUUCUAUUUUAUUAAAAAGAUUUAAUUAACACUGUAGAAGAGAAUAUAUGUGACUCAUUGAUAGAAGUAUUUUUUUAAAUCCUUGGUUAUAUGUGUAACUCAAAUUUUUUUAGGUGGGAGAAUUUUUCAUUAGCAUAUAUGUAGUAAAAUUCACUUAAAAAUGGCAGUUGAAAUCCUACUAUAAUUCUCUUUGUUUUAAAAUAGAUUAAGAAGCCUAUCUUCUGUGCUUUAACUACUUUGAAAGAAAAGAUACCAUUGAGUUUAAGUUAUACACAGAUAAACAAUUAUUUCCUUCUUCUGUAUUUUAAAUGAAUGCGGGAAAAUGAUAUUUUAUGUGCAAACUGAAAAAAUAUAACUCUUUAGCACAUGAACAUAAUAGAGGAGGAACCAAAUUUGUGUCUAAAAUCUAAAUUGAAUUGAUUCAAAUAUAAUUCUUUUACUCUUUGACUUCUAUAAUGUUCUGUAACUUAGUAUUAAUUGUAACUAUUAAUUCUUCAUAGAAUUAUGUCAUUUGACCAUGCCAGUCUGCAUCUAUUGUGCCUUAAUAUGAAAAACAAAGCAAUUUUUUAAAUUUAUAAAAGGUUUUCCAUUGUUACAUUUCAUAUGCAUGAAAACCCAAACAAAUAAUAUUAGCUUAUUUUACUAUAAGAAGAUGUCUAUAUUAUUGAUAACAUGGACAAAUUAUUUUGCAAGGUUACAUAUGCUUUUAGGAAAGAAGUCUCCUUAGAUAAUGGUUUUGAAAGCAUUGGAAAAAUAUUUUGUCUAUAGAAAGUACCAGGUGGUUAACAAAAUUGCAACAUCAAAAUGAGUUCCGUCUUGGGAAAUACGAUUUUUAUGUCAAUCAGAAUUGACAUAUAUGUGUGUAUACAUAUAUGUCUGUGUAUACAUAUAUGUAUGUAUGUAUAUGUAUACACACACACAUAGAUUUUUCCAUGAAAUCAUCCAGAGGUGUUCAGGAACAUGGUUGCAUUAAAGCAAUGACUUGUAUUUUGUUGUCCUUAAAAUAGGAAAAUUGACACUUUUUUGGUCUUAAGUCAAAAGGCAUUCUGAAUAUAGUAAAAGCCUCCCUAAUUGUUUAUAAAAUUUUGGGUUUAUAUUUAGUGUAGCAGUAAUACAGAAGGUAUCUUUAUGGUCAACUCUUAAUAAGUGCUUAUUGCACUAUAUCUUUGAAACAUUUAUUCCUAAAUAAUUGAAAAAAGUACUCUUCCGGUAAAUUUAAUUAGCCAGAUGACAGUGCUAUGAUAUGGCAUGUAGUUAUCGAGAUUUGUAUGUCUGUAUGUACGUAUUUCAGGUCCCCUAAAUUUCAGGAAACACUGCAGUUAAAACCAGAUAUGACAGAGUUAACCGCUAAAAUGAGCAUCAGCCUUGUCCCCACAUAUGCCAUUUAGAGAACACGGUCUCUCCAUAAAUGCUGGGCCAGAAUCAUCAGAGGUGUGAAGGGCUGAGCUGUUCAUCUGUGUUAUUACUUUACUUGGAAACCUAGAAAAAUCACUUCUUUAGGCUUUUCAGGAAGAUGAUUCUCCAACUUGUAAGAAAUACUGACUGUAGUAAACCCCACAAUUAGCAUAAAAGGGGAAAAGCUUACUAAUAAUGCAAACAGCGUGUCACAGAGGCAUCCGGUCCCUGAUGAGUGUUGUGCCAAUUGAUUGAAAAGGUUGUGCUCCCAGAGGAGCUGCUGUUGCUCCUAGAAAAGCUCCUUGCUUCCUUCUGCCAAAGAUCCUUUGUGAAGUAAAUGGCCUUCUUAAGAUACACCUGUAGUGUUGGCCUCUCUUAGUACAACUCAUCUUCCUGAAGCUCUUGAAGUUACCUACUUUGACCAUACCUGCUACCUCCAUUUAUUUGCUCACUAUGAAGCAUACGGUGUAUUUCGUAUUUUCCACUGCUCUCCAGAGGCCCCAUGGGAGUCAUGAGAACUUACCAUAAGCAGUGGUGAGUGAUCAGCUUUUUCAGGAGAUUGAACAUACAGUCAGGAGAAGAAUAAAGAAACAUUUUGUAUGACUCUCUACCCAAAUUUAAAUCCUUUUCUCUGGAUCUUUUCCCCAGCUGAGGUUCCAAAGACUUGCUUCUAUAGCCCCUUCCUAAGGAACUAUAUUUUAUGGGUUAAAAAUUAGUCUCAUAAUUUUCUACUUUAGAUUUGUGCCAGUAGAGUGCAAGGUAACAGGGGUGCCUGGGUGGCUCAGUCGGUUGAGUGUCCGACUUCAGCUCGGGUCAUGAUCUCACAGUCUGUGGGUUCAAGCCCCGCGUCGGGCUCUGUAUUAACAGCUCAGAGCCUGGAGCCUGCUUCGGAUUCUGUCUCCCCCUCUCUCUGCCCUUCUCCUGCUCGCACUCUGUCUCUCUC